CCCAUCCCGGCUCUCGCUGUUCCCCUGAACCCUAACCCCAUAGUCCCAGCCCCUGUCGUCCCCAGGACAGCGGAGGAGAGGGCAGGUCCCUCAGAAGACCAACAGGAAGUCCAGGGACCAGAGACACCUCAGCUGCAGCCCCACGUCAGAGCACUGGUCAGAGGAGUGGUGGAUCUGUUUCCUGAUGUCCAGGAGAACUAUGUAGCAGAACUGAUCCAGACCAAUGACCUGAAAGACCUCAAUGUUAUCUGUAACAUGUUGCUGGAGAACCCAGCCUUCCCUCAGAGAGAGAGUUCAGCCGCCGCGGCUCAGAGCAGCAUGCUACUGGAACCCUGCAACGACAACUCACAGUCUGUAGAGGACCUGUUUGACUACGGGUCGUUAGGUCAGGUGGGUUCUGAGGCGGCGAUGCAGGCAGCUGACCUCUUGAUGGGAGACUUCAGGAUGAUUUCCUGUCAGGACAUCAAAUGGAGCCUCAACGCCAUGAAGGGGCACUACGCAAUCACACGCAAGGCCUUAUGUGAAGCGGUGAAGCAGUUUCAAGACUCUGAGUCGUUAGAGAAGAGACGACCCAGGAGACAGACUGCAGAACGCUGCUAUAUAGACUUCAAGUAUCAGCAUGGUUCGGUGAAGUUGGAGAGGAGGAUGUACUUCCUGGAGAAGAACCGUCGCGGCUGCAGGACGUACGGAGCGGCUCUGGACCCCUCGCUACAGAGGGAGAUCACCUUCUAUCAGCAGAAAGCCAAGGAGCAUGCUGAGCAUGAAGACUUCCUGCUGGCUCUGCAGGUUAAUGAGGAGGAGUAUGAGAAGGACGGACAGCUGAUAGAGUGUGGGUGUUGCUGUGGGGACUUUGCCUUCGAGAAGAUGACCCAGUGUUCAGAUGGACAUCUCUUCUGUAAAGAAUGUCUGGUUAAAUAUGCCGAGGAGGCCGUGUUCGGGUCGGGACAGUCCUCUCUCAGCUGUAUGGAAGCAGGCUGUCCCUGUUCCUUCCCGGUGUGCGAGUUGGAAAAGGUUUUACCGGACACGGUGUUGUGUAAAUACUACGAGAGACAAGCUGAAGAGGCCGUGGCCGCCACCUGCGCCGACGAACUAGUACGUUGUCCGUCCUGUAACUUCCCAGCGUUGUUGGAUAAAGGAGUGUCGCUGUUCAGCUGUCCCAACCCUCGCUGUCGGAAGGAGAGCUGCAGGAAGUGCCGUGUCCAGUGGAAGGAGCAUGCUGGGAAGUCAUGUGACCAGGUCAUGGAACGAGAUGAGAUACGCAUGAGGGUGGCCUUUGAGGAGCGGAUGACAGCAGCUCGCGUCAGGAAGUGCGUGAAGUGUGGAACAGGUCUGGUGAAGUCCGAGGGAUGUAACAGGAUGUGGUGUCGUUGUGGAAGCUACAUGUGUUACCUGUGCCGAGAGCCAAUCAGUGGAUACAACCACUUCUGUCAGCACGCCCGUUCCCCUGGCGCUCCCUGUAGGCACUGCCGCAAGUGCUCUCUCUGGACAGACCCCACGGUGAGCACACACACACACA